CUUCCACUUCGGAGACAAAGUGAAUUGCAGGAGCGGUUUAGAGAGAGAGGGAGAGAGAGAAGUCCCACACAUAUCUACUUUCUUUUGAUUUGAAGGAGAAAAGAAAAUGGUGGCCAGAACCCCACCAAAGCUUCAGCACAGGAAAAUGGCGGUGCCUCCUCUCAACCCCAUACUUCUCCGUGAAACUCUAAGCAAGGUGGACAAGUGUAUGGCUAGAUUGCAGGAGCUACAGUACACGGUGACAGGAGGGAGCAAGGUCAUUUCUGGUGUGACUCUUAGCCCUCGAAGCACCAGAGGCUAUUUGAGGACUAGCCUCAGAUGUAAACAAGAAUCUCUCAGGAUCAAGAAUGCCACUUCUAACAGAUCUCCUCAUGGAAAGUUGCCUGCAACUACAAAAACAGGAGAGUGGAAGAGAAUGUCACUACCAGCAAUGCUGUUGGGGGAGACAGUAAAUGAAAUCCUAGAAGCAAGCCAAUUUGCAAGAAAAAUAGUGGAAGAAGCAGCAGCCAAAGAUGACCCCAAAACUCCUCCCCUCACAAUCAGGCAAAAGAAGAAGCCAAGCCCCGAGAACUCUGAGCUUCGGGCUCGAAGGAAGAAGGAGAAACAGGUUAAACUCCUUCAGGCUACUCCGUCUCUCCAGCGUGCCAGAUCGAGGCGAAUAAACUUCAAGGUUGUUGUUUCUCCUCCUAAUUGUGAGAGGGAAAACUGCAAUAAGUACUACAUGGCUAAUAGGGUGUCUCCAAGGCAUAGGCCAUGGGCUAAAAAGACUGUUCUUUUCCCCAACCCUGUGUUCCAUUCAUCCUCCCCCCCUACACAGAAGUUGAGCAGAACAAAGUCUCCUGUGAUUGCAAAUGCUCAACCGAAAACGCCUCAUAAGUUCUUGAUCAAGUCCCCCCACCAGCCUUCCAAGUUUCAGGUCAAAAUCAGGAGCCCUCCAUUGUCUAUUUCUCCUACAAGGACUGCUGCUGUGUCUAAGAAGUCUCCAAAGAUGUCUACAGCUGCAAAGCUGAGAAGAUCGUUUUCGCCUUCAAGAUUGGCAAACAAGUUAGUACCAUCAUCAUCGCCCUCGAAGAUGAGAAAAUCAUUUUCGCCUUCAAGAUUGGCAAACAAGUUAGUACCAUCAUCAUCGCCCUCAAAGAUGAGAAGAUCAUUUUCGCCUUCAAGAUUGGCAAACAAGCUAGUAUCAUCAUCACCCUCAAAGAUGAUGAGAAGAUCGUUUUCGCCUUCAAGGUUGGCAAACAAGCUUGUUUCACCAUUGAAGAGUAGGAAACCUGUACAGAAUGAUGCUGAUGCAAUGAAGAUGAUGAUGAGUGGAUUGAAACAACGACCAUCGGGCUCUUCAUUGCCAAAGCAAUUCCCAGCUCGGCGAUUGUGAUUCAAUGGAUUCUUUUGUUUGCAUUUUUUGUAUUUUUUCAUGUCUAUAUAUUUGAUUUUGAUUGGUAUAAAGUUGUGUGUGCCUUUUUCUUUGGCCCUAUCAGACUUUCAACUGUGAGGUGCUUCCUCAAUAAUUCAUGUUUGCUAAAUGAAGGACAAUGAAAUAUAUUCUAUAUAUUGAACUA